AAUCACAAUAAAACACACCAAAAUUUACCCCCCAGAAAACACAUAUCACAGGAAAUCAGCCUCACUUUCUCUCCUCUCUUACUUACAGUCUUACACGGCUCAUCUCUCUCUCUCUCUCUCUCUGCCUUAUCGUUUUUGUUCUCUGAAGAAUAAUGGGACCGAUCGUUCUGACCCAGUUGGCCACGGGUCUUAGUGUGCUAGCCGGGGCUGUUCUGGUCAAAUCGGUUAUGGACCAGAAGCCCAUGGCCGGCCCGUUGUGCCCAUCUUGCAACGGGACGGGUCGGGUCGCUUGUCUUUGUUCCCGUUGGUCCGAUGGAGAUGCUGGUUGCCGGGCUUGUUCCGGUUCGGGUCGCAUGGCGUGUAGUAGCUGCGGAGGGACUGGUACCGGUCGGCCUAUUCCGGUUCAAAUCUCUAUGCGGUCACCGAACCGUCCUCCAUCUUGACCUGCUCGAGUAUUUAUUUCGGGUCUGUUAUUUGUAGCUAGUAUUAAUUAAUUGUCUCUCUUCUUAUAUUUUGAUGUAAACUUCUUUUCCUUUUUGAAUCUUUUCCAGUUUGGAAAAUUUUUAAUUUGUAAUAUAAUAUAAGUUGAAGGGACACUUGAAUGGAGGAAGGGAGAUCAGAUGGAACUUGGAAGGUGA